UAUCAGAUACCCGUUAAAUGCCAAGCUUCAAAAAUGCUUUACUUAUGCUCGCUUUUUUCAACAUAUUUUGGUGAGUAGAACAGGUAACUAAUACAGGUAUUUCUUUCCGGAAGAGGGUGGCUGACAGGUUGGUCGAAAAACGGGGUCAAACACCCGACCAGGAGCCAUGGCAACGUGGCCAGGACACGGGCGUUAGUGCGGGUGUGGUUUCCAUAUUGUUUACAAGCAGGCCAGGCAGAAAGUGUCAGGGCUCGGAUAGUCAAGUUGGCACAAUGAGCACGCGAAAUGUGAUGAUUACGGACCUGGAUCAGCCAGAUCCGGAGCAGCAGCAGCAGCAGCAGCCGCAUCCCAAAAGGAACCGCAAGGUUCUCCAGACGCUCUCGGGCAAUUUUAAUCGCCGUUCACGAAGCGUGGAGGUGGAAGUAAAGCGACAGGAUAACUUGGGUUCUGCCAACAAAGAGCGUAAAAAGGAUCGCUCUCUUAACACGCUGUUGCAAGCCAAGGAGCAGCAGCUGGAACAGCUUGUGCAGCGAUUAGCCACCCUGCAUCGGUACAACGACCAGUUCGCCAAGGAGAAUGACCAACUACGCAAGGACAGCGGCCAGCUGGAGCGGCGUCUUUCGGAGGCGGAACAGCAGGUGGCCAAUUGCACCCGCUGUCAGCAGCUUGGCCAGCGUCUGGACACCGUUCUUGGCCAGAAUCGAACACUGGCCGGCGACGUUGACAUGCUGAAGACACUCGUCUUCAGGCUGAACGUGCAAAUUGAGAGUUACCAGGAUCAGAGGCGUCUCGGGGAUGGGGCUCCAUGUGGAGCAUCAGCAAAAGCCAGCUCGUCAGCUGCCCCGUAUCCGCCAUUGCCCACUCACACGUUGGGUCCACUUCUGCAGGCCUACGAUGAAUCUCUAAGGGAUAAGGACGCUCUUUUGGCUCAAUAUAACACGGAGUUCGAGCAUUUCACCGGUGAACUGAAGCGAGCUCUGGAGGAGAACACAAAGCUGUUGCAGUCUCAGGAGCAACUGCGUCGCGAUCUCGGCGGCUGGCGAGAGGAGCGUGUGUGCCUGCAGGCUCAAUUGGGGGUUUGCCGCUCCAAAGCGGAGGCGCAAACUCGCAAGACAGACUUGGCCAAGGAGAAGCUGGUGGAGGUGAUGCACUGCUACGAACAGCGCAUGCAGACGCUGCUCCUGGACAUGGACCACCUGCAGGCGGCCUACGCGCGCACUAAAUCUGAACUAGCCGCGCUCAAAAGUGCCUCAUCGGCUGCUCCCGCUACGGUUGCUCCCCAUGUUCCCUCCGAAUCCGAAGCACUACACCAGUGCAAAGCGCUGCUGGAGCAAUUGCGGCAGGAGCACGCGACAGAGCGAGCUGCCCUCCAGGAACAGCUUCAAGCCGCUACCGCACGGGCUGCGUCACUGGUCCGCAGCACGGAGAAGGCCAAGCACGGCAGAGAUCGGUUAAAGGCGCGCCUGAGAAUGGCGCUGCAGUGGGCCCAAAAGCUGGAGGCAGGACAGGCUGAGGUGCGCGAUACCUACGAGGCGGUUCGGCGCUUGGAGGUGCUGGUCCAGCACAAGGAGUCCCAAUUGCGCGGAUUGCACGCCCGGAACGCAGAGGAAAUGGACAAGUUGCGACAUAAGUUACAGCAGAAGGAGGAAACGAUAUGUGCGCUGCUUAGGGGCAAAAUGGAGCGGAGACCGGCGGUGGAUUAACACCGAAACCUAGCUUUUAACAAUUAAAAAUAUAUAAUUUCAAUAC